UCUCAUCAAAAAAGAACUUUCAUAAUAACAUACAUACAAAAACAAUUUGCAAUCUAACGCUCACUAGAUUUGCAAACUUUGAUUAGUGAUCAUCAACCUUGUUUGCAAACUUUGAUUAGUGAUCAUUAACCUUGUUUUUCCUUCUAUAAAUCAUUAAUCCAUCGUCAUCAAUGGGACGGAGUAAUGAAAACUCGAGUUAUCUUAAUGACACAGAGUUGAGAUUAGGGUUACCUGGAACUAAUGGAUCUGAGAAGAAAAGAUCAUUUUCGGAUAUUAGUGAGGAAUCUACUUCUGGUGUUGAAGAUUGCCAUGACGACUACCUAAUUCCACAACAAUCAAAGGUUCAAGCAAUUGGAUGGCCUCCAAUUAGAUCAUACAGGAAAAAUUUCCUUGAAGCGAAAAAAUCACAAGAUGAAUCCACGAGGAUGUACGUGAAGGUUAGCAUGGAUGGAGCACCUUAUCUAAGAAAGAUAGAUCUAAAACAAUACAAAGAUUACAAGGAACUCCUAAGGGCCUUAGAAGCCAUGUUCAAAUUUAAUGGUAUAGAGUAUGAACAAACUUAUGAAGACAAAGAUGGAGAUUGGAUGUUGGUUGGAGAUGUUCCUUGGGAAAUGUUUAUUGGUUCUUGCAAAAGGCUUAGAUUAGUGAAAGGAUCUGAAUCAAAUGGCUUGGCCUAAAAAAUUGAAUCAUAUUUAUCAUGUAAACUUUUUGAGAUGAAGCGGUAGAAAGUAGUUUCAAGGAGGGUAAAGACAUAGGGAUUCAUGCUUGGGACGCAUUUAUUGAGGAGCCUAUGGGAGUUGGUGUAAACAACGACCUAGAAGGAAAUAAUGUAGCCGUUGAGAAUGAGAAUGUAGGGAUUGAGGCAGAAAACCCUAACCCAGAGGUCCAUGAGUCUACCAUUGAGAUCUCUAGUGAUUCAGAUGUGGAGCCUGAAGCUGAUGGUGAAAUGACAAGUGAAUCUAUCAAGUUGAAGGCAUAGAAGAAGACUCAGACCCAGAAGAAGAGUUCGAUGAAUACUGAGAACAAGUUUCCAAGGAAAGAACAGAUAGGCAAGAUGUCUUAAAUAUUUGAAGUUGUAAUAGUUAGUUAGUUCUUUAAUAUGUUAAAUGAUAAGUAGCAAAGCUACAUCAGUUUAAAGUUAAAGCAAUAGAAGGAAACUUCGUCAUUCUUUUCAAGGAUGUACUAAACCUUUAUAGAGUUAGCAAUAAAAGUUAAAGUAUUCGUUUCCAA